AUGGGUAGUAGCAAGCACGCAGGACGAAGGAGGUCCGUCUCCAAAAUGGACCCCGAUUGUGCGAUAUGCCGGAGGCCAGCCACUGUCCGAUGUGAUUGUGAAGCCAAAGGUCUGGAGGAGGCCGUCAGACAGGCCGAGGCUAAGUUGAUGUCAAGGGUGUACGAAGAUAUACGGGAAUGGGUGCGAGGUCGAGCUCAAGAUUAUGUCUUGUCAGUCUAUCAUAAGCAAGCCGAAAGACGAAAGCAGGAACACACAAAGCACAUGGAGCGUCUGACGGCACACUCAUAUCACCAUUUCCACCAUCCAUCAUACCAUGACGAGAUAGCGGCUGCCCAGGCCACCCUCAAGAGGGGCAUCGACACCGACUGGCAGGCUGCCGUCUAUAGGUAUCCCGAAGUUCUCGAGUACUUCUAUGGACUCGUCAACAUUACACUCCCUCGUGACAGCGAUCCCGAAGUACGGAAUCCACCUCUUGACUCUCCAUCGAGCCACAAAAGGGUCAGCCGUAGGGGCAGCGGUGGCGGGCCAGGGGCCCUGGCAAGUGUCAGCUUCGCCCCGCCGCCUCCACCCCUCGAGGAUGAAAGGAGAACCCCGGGGCCACCAUCACGGCGACAUUCCUUCAGGCCACCUCCAGGACCACCUCCAGGACCUCAUUUCUCUUACCAUACGCCGUACUACGGAGGAGUCCGCAGGAACCAUCUGGAGUGA